CAUAUUUCAAAACCAAAACAAUAGUAUUCCAUUAUAUACUAGUGGAAAAAACAAAAAAUUAAAAGGAUAUAAAUUAGCUACUUUGGGAAAAGAAGUAGACUUGCGUUAUCUUCUAACAGCAUACAAUACAUCACGUCCUUUACAAUCGGGAUUAUGUGAUUGUUGCGGACUCCAAUUGAAUAAUGAUGAUAUAGUGCCGCUAACUUGUGGCCAUGGUUAUCAUUCAACUUGCUACAGUAGAAGAU